AUUCUUUUCAAAUUCACGAAAUCCAUCAUGAGAAUCCAAAAAGUUGAAUAUUUCAAGCCUCAAUUUGGUGAGACUCAUGGUCUCUUUGGUUUGAGAUAUCUCAAGCAUCACAACAUGCGAGAUGAAUCUUGGAAAGUUCAUGACUUAAUUGAGCAAUACGAGCGUAUCAAUGCAGUCUAUGCAAAAGACAACAAUGUCAAAAAGUUGCAGCAUGAACAAGAGGAAAUGGAACAGUCUGACGAAUACAAAAUUUUAAAGAAGCAAAAGAAAGAUAAAAUCGAGGAACUGCAAAUACUUUUGAAAGGCGAUGUCCAAAGAACUAAAAAUGUUCUCAUGAAUUUUCCAUCAUACAUGCGAAUGUAUCAGAACAAGCAGUCGUACGAGGUUCUUGAGGAACUUGAAUAUAAAACAUUUAUGAUGACAAAGACACUUGAUCGAUACACGAGUAAACGAGAGAAGCUUAUUAAAGGAUAUGAGACACGACUUCUCCAAAUCGCAACAAAACAGGAAAUCAACCGUUAUUAUGACAUAAAGGAAUUCCAACAAGAACGUGACACAAAACGACUUCUCGUCGAGAUCAAAAAUUCCGAAACUCGAUGCCGUGGAAUUGAAUCAAUUAAUUUGACUUACAAACAUAUUAUUAAUCAGCUGCUGCGUGAUUCACUUUUCUAUAAACCAGUCAUUGAUGCUCUAAAUUAUGAUUGGAAUGAGCAAACAAGAUUAGUACAGCAGACAUUCAAUAUUGGCUUUCCGGCUAUAAAUCAUGUGAAAAAAAUGGAUAAGGAAGUGAAGAAGCUUUUGAGAAUCAGUCAACAUGAAGAAAAUGCUCGAAUAAAGGAUAUUGUGAAAAUAAAGCAAACUCUCAGGGAACAUCCAAAACUUGUGAAGCAGUUUAUUCAACGGGAUUCCGAUUUUGUAAGAGUUGGCGAUCGAUAUAUUCGAGAAACGCCAUCAAUGACAGAAGCACGUGAAAAAGUUGAGAAAAUUGAGUUGGACAUAAAGUUGUUGAAGGAUAUUACAUUGAGUAAAAGUGCAGAAGUGAUAAUGUCAAGAACAUCAGAAAUGUUCACUUUAAUGGAUCUAAGCCGAGAAAUAAUAGCAGAAUCAAAUGUCAAGUACAAGAAAGUUAUGGCUGAUUAUGAGACCGCCAAUUUCAUCUAUCUCUUGCUGUUUGAUGGUCAACCGGAACUUUAUAAAGAACAAUUUUUGCCAGAAGUUGUUAAAAUAGAACAGGCAAUUAAAGCUGAAAAGGAGAUGCAGAAGCGUAAAUUGGAAUCGUCAAAAAGUCAGCAGAAUUUGAUUGGAACGAUGAGGUUUGCCAUGCAGCACAUAUUGAAUGUCCUUCAACAUAUUGGAACUGAAGAGUUUUACAUUGAACGCGAAUAUCCGACUGAAGUAUUGGAAUUGCCGCUAUUAAAAUUCAAUAGCAAAUUACCAGAACCACCGAAAAUCUUACAAUGGGAUUUUGAGAAUUUACUUGAAAUAAUAAUAACAAAAGUAAAUAUUAUGAUGGAGCAUUAUGAUGAAUUAAAUAAAGGCAUCGAUGUUGAUGAGGAACUGUUAGAGACCACCAAGACAUAUCAAGCAGCCGUUAUUGACGAUUCUCUGUUUUCUGAACUUCCACAAUCACCGUCUUUCGAAUUUGAUUUUUAAAAAUGGAAAUUUAUAUCAUUAGUUAUUCUGAAUCGAUUAUUGGAUGAGAAAUGUUGUGAAUGGGGAAGAAAUUGCUUUCUAAGUAACGAGGAAAUGAAUUAUUUUGAAUAAAUUUGUACAAUGGCUUCAUAAAAGCUAUUAAAAG